AUUCUUGUACUGAAUGAGCUGAUUCAAAAACAAGAACAUAUAAAUGCUGAGUUCAAAAAUCAGUGUAGUCUGCUGACAUUGCCUUACAGAAGAAUUAUCUUACAAAGAAUAUAGGCUCAAAAAUCAAGGUUACUCGUUCACAGUCCACACUUUCUUGAAACAGGAAAUCAUCGCUUAAUAGGAAUUGUGGGAUUUCUGCAAUUGCAUUCAGCAUGAAAGUUUUACGAGGAAUGAAGGUUGUGUGCAGUUUCAGAAGAUUAUCAGUUCUUAGAUUAACGCUGAGUAGACACUUUGCGAAUAAAGCACCUCAUAUUGAACUUCAGGAUAACCAGGAUGAAACCACUGCAAACAAAAAAGCUUUUCCAGCUAAUUGGGACACAAAACCAUUACCUCAGAAUUGGGUCAUGGACCCAGAAGAGCUGAAGAAAUGCCAGGAGGAUCCUUUAGGCUAUCCCAAACAGCACAGUGGUAUCAUGAUGAUGACGAAGACACCAAAAUUGCCUGAACUGCUGGAGAAAAAUGCUAGGGCUAUUCUUGAAGAAAAGGACUUGAUAGCUAACUCUCAGUUUACGAAGGAAGUAACCCGUUUGCAUGAAGUGUACGCUCGCCGCCAACCACCAGUAGAAGCACCUGCCAAAGCUGCUAAAAUGACACGCAUUGCACAAGAGGUUUACCAAGAAAAGCUGAGUAAACUUGGGAAGCCUUUAGAGGAAGUGACUGAGGAAGACAUGAGGAAGAUCGACGAGUUUGUGAAGACUGUCACUCACAAGAUCUACAAACACAGCACUCACAAUUAUGUCCCCAUAGAUUACAGUUCCCACAAGUGCUAUGUGUACCUGGCUACAAGACUGGCAGUAAACUUUCGUGUCUUACAUCAGAUUUUCCAUGAGAUGAAGAAGCUUGACACUAAUUUUGCACCCAGUGCAGUCCUAAAUGUCGGCUCUGGGGUAGGAUCUGCUAUAUGGGCUGGAAAUACAAUUUGGGGCGAGUCCGUACUUGAGUAUUACUGUGUGGAUCCAUCCAACGCAAUGAAUGACAUGGCAAGAGAGCUGCUGGCAUAUGACAGAAAGAACCCUCUUAAAUUGGCAGUUAAAGGUGUCAACUUCCGUCAAUUCAUCCCUUCUGACAAGCAUAAGCAAAAUAAGUUUCCCCUGGUGGUUAGUGCCUACGCACUGCUGGAACAGACGAGCAGAUCAAAGCGUCUGGAACUCGUGGAGGACUUGUGGAAUCUCACUGACAAAUAUCUGGUGCUAGUGGAGCUGGGAACAAAAGCAGGCUACCAUCUGAUUAUGGAGGCCAGGGAUACAGUCCUUCAGUUUGGAACUUAUGAUUCAACUAAGGCUGGUCAUGUUUUUGCCCCUUGUAUGCAUGAUGAGGCAUGCCCCAAACUGACAUACAACCUACUUCAGUGCAACUUCACGGUGGAGUACAAGGCCCUGCAGCUUGAUGUGGAUAGAGGACAGGGCAGUAGUACUCAAAGUGAGAGGUACAGCUAUGUGGUGCUGAAGAAAGGACCUAGACCUGAGGAACACAAGAAUCAGUAUCCUCGUAUUGUGGAAUCUAAGACGAAGUCGGACCAUGUCCCCUGUAUGGUGUGUCUGCCAGAUGGUUCUCUACGGAGAUUUACAGUCACAAAGUCCUUUCCGUCCAUCCACAUGUUACGAUGUGCCAAACAUUGCCAGCCCGGUGACUUUUUACCAUGCCACAUCCCUACUCAUAUGACACAGAAGCCUAUUUCUGACGAUCUGAAACAUUGUAACCCUCUGCAACCUACCAGGGAUAAUCACAGUGAAGAAGAAUCUAGUCUUGAAAAAACAGGGCCUGUGACCUCAAAUGUACCACAGAAUGAAGCUACAUCAUAGUUGAACCGGAUAUAAUGGCUAAAAUGUAGCAUAUAGUGAAAUAUUUGUAGUUAAUAAAAAUCUAUAUAAAUUGUUGAAA